AUGUUCCUGUCCCAGCACAUGGUAUAUGCAGCAGUGUGGUCACUCCACCCAGACACAGCUGUUACUGUGCUGACCAUUGUGACAGAGUUGUAUGAGAGGCUGGUGACAGCAGGGAUUCUUCCAUAUGGAAAAGCUGAUGCAGAUUGUAAAAACAAAGAAGAGGCUAAUUCUGUAAGACCUGUGGACUUCAGUCAGCCUGAAACAUUAAAAGUAUUUCAGCCUGGUUUAGUGGCUUUGCUGCACUCUGGCAAUCCAUGUAGUUCCUGUGGCGUUCGUUUCCUUCCAGAGGAACGUAUGAAAUACAGGCAACAUUUGGAUUGGCAUUUCCAUCAGAACAGGCGUCAGAAGGACAGUGGUCACAAUCAGAGUAGAGACUGGUAUUUGAGUCUCUCAGAUUGGAUGCAGUGUACAGAAUUUGAAGACCCAGAGGAAAUAGGACCAUGCUGGUUUGAGAUGCAGCAGGCUGAAAAAGGGAGAGAAAAGGAGGUUCAGGAAGUUCCAAGUGUUUGUGCAGGGGAGAAUCCUAAUGAUGCAUUUUGUGGUAUGUGCUCAGACAAAUUUGAACAGUUUUUUAAUGAUGAAAUUGAAGAGUGGCAUCUGCGUGGAGCCGUGCGAGUAGAUGGGAAGACAUUUCACCCGCUUUGCUCUGAAGACUACAAGCGUUCACUGGAGGAAUCAGGAGAAGAAACAUGUGCCAGUCAAGAAACUAAAGGCGUUGAAGAGCAAAGAAAUACAGACAGUGAGAUUGCAGAUGACAAAGCAGAAAGAGAAAGCAAUGUGGAAACAAUGGAUACCUGAAUUCCACAUAAAACAUAAGAAGAAUUAACAAAUGGAUUUUGGGUUCCUGGAAUCAUCUGAUGCCUGAGAUGAAGAUUGGAGACUGCCACAGUUAGUAAGUUAUGUUCAUAGUAAUGCUAGAUCUGAGCAUUCUCCACAAAUCUGAUUAGAGUAAGUGAAUGCCUGGAAAACUGCAAUUUGAUUUUUUCAUUUGAGAAGGUGUUUUCAUUAAAUAUUUUUAUUGUUAUCUAUAAACGUUUAACUGUAUGGUCUGUGUUAAUAAUUUUUGGAAAAGAACAAAUAUGUUUUACAUGA